AAACGAUUUUGGUAUUGAAAGAACAACGGUUUGUAAGACUGUAGAUUAUUUUGCACAAAAAAAUAUGGAGAAUGCAGGUCAAUGGAUAGUGUUUCCAACAACCGAACGAGAUUUAAACGAAGCAAAGACAAGUUGGGUGGCAAAAUACAGGAUUCCCACCGUAAUUGGCGCACUUGAUUGUACCCAUAUACAAGUUAAGAAACCUGAAGUGCAGUUUGGCGAUGAGUACAUAAAUGGGAAAAAUGUUGCUUCAUUAAACGUUCAGAUGACAUGUGAUGCAAUGGAAAGGAUCACAAGUAUAGACGUGCAAUGGCCUGGAAGUGUGCACGAUAGUAGGAUUUGGAGACAAAGUGCUGUUCAACAAAAACUUGCAAGAUUCCAAUGGAAUGCUUGCUUGCUAGGGGAGAGCGGAUAUGGUAUAUCUCCAUCGCUUUUAACACCAUUUAGACAACCACAAACUGAAUCAGAACGGCGGUACAACAGAUUACAUUCAAAAGAAAGAGUUGUAAUAGAACGUGUAUUUGGCCAACUAAAACAGCGCUUUCCAAUUCUAGCAAAUAGGAUUAGACUCCCAAUAUCGAACGUAAAAUAAUCAUAUGUUGUGCUAUACUUCAUAAUAUUGCUAAGUAUUUGCAGGAUGAGUGGGACUAUGGAAUAGAAAAUAAAAACGACGAUCAUUAGACGUCUUGGUGAAGAAAAGCGCUUAGAAAUAGUCCAAAUAAUAAAUCAGUUUAAUUCAAUUUAAAUAACAAAAUAUGUUUGCAACAUAUUUAUCAUAGUUAAUAGGUAUCAAAUAAAAAUUAUGUAGCUCUUAAAUACAGUUAUUCUA